AUGUUCAGGACCAUGAAAUAAGAAGAAAUUUCUCCCCCACAACUGGCUCAAGAUCAAGCAGUGAGGGGGGAUUUAGAGGACCCUGUAGCGCUGAGCACACCUGCUCUGUGCUGAGCAGAAGAUAUAACGUGUUAUAAAAUGGGAUAUAAUCAUCAUUAGCUAAAGGGAGCUUCCAGGGCACCUUCCUUGCACAUCCUGUGGUGGUUUCUACCUGCUCCCAAGCCCACAAAAAUAAGCAAAUAACGCAAUUUAGACCUUUUCUGUGUUGGUGUGUCCUGCACUCACGGCAGGGAUGUUCAUUUCAUGAGACAGAGCUUCUCUGCUGUUCCUCGUUUGAGGUGUCUGGGCCUCUGUGCAGUGCCUGUGUUCUGGUUUAUGACCCCCAGAGAGAACCAGCCUCUUAUUGAGGAUGGGAUUUACUGAGUUUAUCAGUUUUCCUCUUACGUCGCUGAUAAGGAGGAGAGGAACUAGGUUCUGUCACAUGCUGUUAAAAGAUCAUCAUCUGACAACUCGCCAGCCUUUCCACCAGCUUCUUCAGAAGAAACCACCUCUUCCAUCUGCAGCAUGGCAUCGUGCAGUGAGAGGCAUGUUUAUUCAAACCCAGGACACACCAAAUCCAAAUAGCUUGAAGUUUAUUCCAGGAAGGGAAGUGCUGGGGUCGAGGACUAUGGAGUUUUCCACACCAGCUGCAGCCUAUUGCUCCCCUUUAGCAAGACAGUUAUUCCGGAUUGAAGGGGUGAAAAGUGUUUUCUUUGGGCCAGACUUCAUCACAAUCACCAAGGAGAGUGAAGACCUGGACUGGAACUUACUGAAACCUGAUAUUUAUGCAACCAUAAUGGAUUUCUUUGCCUCUGGCUUACCUGUAGUCACUGAUGAGGCACCCAGGACAGACACAGCUGCUUCAGAAGAAGAUGAUGAAGUUGUACUGAUGAUUAAGGAGCUGCUGGAUACAAGAAUCAGGCCCACAGUGCAGGAGGACGGCGGUGAUGUCAUUUACAAAGGCUUUGAGGAUGGCAUAGUGCAGCUGAAGCUGCAGGGCUCCUGCACCAGCUGCCCCAGCUCCAUCAUCACCCUCAAGAGCGGGAUACAGAACAUGCUCCAGUUCUACAUCCCUGAGGUGGAAGGCGUUGAGCAGGUUGUUGACGACGAUGAUGACGUGGAGAAAGAAGCAAAUUCUACCUGAGCUUCGUCAUCUGUGGCCAAAUAAACACUUACCUCCUGCUGUAUGUAAACCAUCUUUGUGCUGAGGAACUACCAAAUCUGCCUUGUCAGAAAAACAGUUGUAGCUACUCUGAUAAUGCACCAUCAGUUCAAGCAGUUCACCCACUAAUUUAUUAAAUGCCCUGGAUUACAAAAAGAUUCUUCUGCUAUGUCUUGAGAAGGAAAUGGUGGGCUCAGAAAACAGUGAUGUGUUUAUUGUUUUUUCAUACAGAAACUUCAAUACUGAAAAAAAGAGAAGGCAGAAGUUCCUUGGCUUUUUUGUGCAAUAGCAAUAUUAAAUGUUUAUUCCCCCAACUUGUGGGACUGACAGGACUCUCUGCCCUUACUCUGUAAAUGGGAGCUUCAGGAAUGUUAAUUUUAUCAAGUGUUGUUAAAAAGCUGCUGAUUCCUAUCAAAUUUUUGUGUGUGAAAGAUAACCUGUAAUAUCAACUGUUCAUUUUGGGGGCUGUAACACUGCCAUGGCUUUGUGGAAAGUUACCUCCUUGCUCAUUACCACUGUGCAAACCAUAGCAACAGAAACAAAAAAGGUUUGUUAUAAAAAUCAUACCUUCUAAAGCAAAUGUUAGAAAAGAAUGAUCCUUAUCAGCUUCAGCAAGUAGACUAAUGAGCUCAUUUAGCAGUAAAAUCCUUCAGCCACCAUGCAAUGCAGCUUUCUCAGCACCGGGAGGAAGGUGCAGGGGAGGAGGGCCUGUGUUUGUGUUUGCUCCUGCCACAUCCUGUUUGCCGUGUACGUGGCAGAGCGGGGCUCCUCCAGUCCUGCACGCGUGGCACAGAAGUGUUUGCUGUUCUGACGCUGGAACACAUCCGUGGGGCUUUGCAAGGAGCUCUGUUUACUUUGUGUGUGGGGAUGGUUUCUUCCUGGUGCCUGGCUGUGUGACCAGGAAUUCUGUUCCUUCUCUGUGCUGCCACCACGGAGCUGAGUUUGUGCUCCUCCUUUGGCUUGAGAGCCUCUGCUGUGUUCCCCUCUUUCCUGCCUUGCCAGUGUCAUUAUUCCACUGAUAAAGUCCUUAAACAGGAUCAGU